AUGGAACAGGGUAUCGGGUUGGUGUUGCUGGUGUUGUUGGAAGCCUUCCUCGUGCUAGGCGAUCCGGAUGCAGAUCCAGAAGCGAAAGCAGUCGCCGAUCCUCAUGCUAGUCCCGAUCCUGUCGCCCAAUGGUACCCAAGCAGCAGCAGCUCGAGCUCGAGCAGCGGCGGCGGAGGCUACGGCAAGAAGAAGAAGAAGAAGCAGAAGAAGAAGAAGAAGAAGAAGAAGAAGCGCCCCUCCUCCUCCUCGUCUUCUUCCUCCUCCAGUUUUGGGAUUGGAGAAGCCAUCGCGCUCAUCAAUGGAAAUGAGAACUCCGGUGGAAUCGACCGACAACCGCGGUUGACACUGAGUGGCGAACGCUAUUCUCUCUCUGCCAUCCUCACAUUCUACUCUCUCAAGGAACUCCACUCGGCGAUCGUCAUGAAACUCAUCGGUAUCGGGUUGGUGUUGCUGGUGUUGUUGGAAGCCUUCCUCGUGCUAGGCGAUCCGGAUGCAGAUCCAGAAGCGAAAGCAGUCGCCGAUCCUCAUGCUAGUCCCGAUCCUGUCGCCAGAGGGAAAUCAGGUCCGGGCCAAUUCAAAUUCGAGCAGGAGUAA